GCUAAUCGAGCGCAAUCCAGACCGCACCGCACCCGUCUCUAGCUCAUGUUCUCUCAUGAGGUUAUGACGUUAGAUCCGGGCAACAGGUGACUAUAUAGCAAAGCUCAAUCGCUGACUUAUCGAUAAAUCCAAGCUCGAGAAAGAUGACCACCAGUACGCUUCAAGCUCAUUGCUACUACCAUGAUCCAUCAGCAACAUGAGCCCGAACCGCGCAGCAUUCAUCUACGAACCUAAUACACCUUUCAAGAUUGAGGAGGCGCCGAUCCCGCAGCCGGGCCCCGGUGAGGUGGUAGUCAAGAACCAUGCAGUCGCUGUGAAUCCUGUGGAAUGGAAGGUUCAGAACUGGGGCAUAUUUUUGAAGCAGUACCCCAAUGUUUUGGGGGCGGAUGUCGCUGGUGAGGUCCAUGCAGUGGGCGAGGGGGUGAGACAUGUGAAGAAGGGCGACAGGGUGAUGGGACACGCCUUCUCCCUAGUGACCAACCGACCCCAAGACGGCGGCUUCCAGCACUACACGGUCUGCAACGAGCUCGUCGUGGCGCGCAUCCCGCCCUCGCUCCCCUACACCUCUGCCGCCGUCCUGCCCCUAAGCAUCUCGACGGCCGCCGAGCUCCUCUUCAAGAAGGAAACCCUGAAUCUCCCCCUCCCGCACUUCACGCCCAAACCCAUCGACAAGACGAUCCUCAUCUGGGGCGGCUCCUCGUCCGUCGGCGCCUCGGCCAUCCAACUCGCCACCGCGGCCGGCCUCCUCGUCGUCACCGUCUGCAGCCCGCACAACAAGGCGGAGCUGCACCAGCUCGGCGCCGCCGAGGUCUACGACUACAAAUCCCCCACCGUCACGCGCGACAUCAUCGCCUCGCUCGAGGGGACCGACUUCGUCGGCAUCGCAGACUGCAUCGGCACGCCCGAGGCCGUCGAGGCGUGGCGACCCGUGUACGAGGCCCUGGGCGGCAGGUACGCUUCGGUGCUGGCCGAGACGCGGAAUUUCCCAGAGGGGAUCCAGGGCGCGGCUGUGUUGGCGCCCGAGGUCGCGUCCAGGGAUCGCUAUGUGGGUGAGGCGGUUUGGGGGAAGUAUAUCCCCGAGGCGUUGGAGGUGGGGCUGUUCAAGGCAAAGCCCGAUCCGACGGUUUUGAAGGGCGGGUUGGAGAGGGUGCAGGAGGGGGUGGAUCGGGUCGGGAGGGGGCUUAGUUUUGAUAAGAUUGUCGUGGAGCUUUGAUGGUGGGUGUUGAUUGGACGGGUGUAGUAUGUAUGCGGAGUGGUUUGGCAAAGUCUUUACGUUGGUUUGUCGUUCAGUCGACGUUUAUAGGAU